UGUUGUGAACCGUCUUAAAGGGGCCGCGUCACCCGGCCGGCCCGGCUCAGGGCUGGGUGGGGGGGCGGUGCGGCAGGGGUCCCGGGACGGCGCAGCACGGAGAAAGGACGCGAACGAACAAGGAGGACGGGAGCCGACAUCGGACCGACCCCUCAGCAGACCCCGCCCGGCCCCGGCCCGGCCAGAUGGAGCCCCCCGCGGCCAAGCGGAGCCGGGGCUGCCCGGGGGGACCCGAGGAGCGCGAGGCCGGGGCCGGGGCCGCACGAGGCCGGGGCCGGCCUGAAGCGCUGCUGGACCUCAGUGCCAAGAGAGUGGCGGAGAGCUGGGCCUUCGAGCAGGUAGAAGAGCGGUUCUCUCGGGUACCUGAGCCUGUCCAGAAACGCAUCGUAUUCUGGUCUUUUCCACGCAGUGAGCGGGAGAUAUGUAUGUACUCAUCCCUGGGGUACCAGCCCCCUGAAGGCGAACAGGACGCCCGGGUGCCCUUCACGCGUGGGCUCCAUCUGCUACAGAGUGGGGCUGUAGACCGGGUGCUACAAGUGGGGUUCCACCUGAGUGGGAACAUCCGGGAACCCGGGGCCCCUGGGGAGCCCGAGCACCUGUACCACGUCUCCAUCAGCUUCGACCGCUGUAAGAUCACGUCUGUGAGCUGCGGCUGCGACAACCGGGACCUCUUCUACUGCGCCCACGUGGUGGCCCUGUCACUCUACCGCAUCCGCCACGCGCGCCGCGUGGAACUGCGCCUGCCCAUCUCCGAGACACUGUCCCAGAUGAACCGCGACCAAUUGCAGAAGUUUGUGCAGUACCUCAUCAGCGCCCACCACACUGAGGUGCUGCCCACUGCCCAGCGCCUGGCUGACGAGAUCCUCCUAUUGGGCUCUGAGAUCAACCUGGUACACGGUGCCCCUGACCCCACGGCAGGCGCAGGCAUCGAGGAUGCCAACUGCUGGCACCUGGACGAGGGGCAGAUCCAGGAGCAGGUGAAGCAGCUGCUCUCCAAUGGCGCCUACUACGGGGCCAGCCAGCAGCUGCGCUCCAUGUUUGGCAAGGUGCGGGAGAUGCUGCGCAUGCGGGACUCCAAUGGGGCGCGCAUGCUCAUCCUCAUGACGGAGCAGUUCCUGCAGGACCCGCGCCUGGGCCUGUGGCGUCAGCAGGGCGCGGGCAUGACGGACAGGUGCCGGCAGCUGUGGGAUGAACUGGGGGCCUUGUGGGUCUGCGUCAUCCUGAGCCCCCAUUGCAAGCCAGAGGAGCGUGCGGGCUGGUUGCAGCUGCUGGCCACAUGGGAUAAGCUGGACGUGUGCCCACUGGAGGAGGGCCAGUAUGCCUUCCACGGCCCGAGCCUGCAGCUCGUGCCAGGGAGGGGCCCAGGCUCAGAGGAAGAGGAGGAGGUGACUGCCACCAGUGCCCGCCACACGGUCUUUGGCCGUGCCCUGCAGGCUGGGCAGCUCCACUGGGUGAACUCCCACCUGCAGAGAAUCCUGUCCAGCGACUCCUAUGGCCCCAACCUCUCAGGCAACAUGGGCCCAGACAAGGUGAACUUUGACCCUCAGGGUCACCCUCUGUGGCUGGGUGAACCUUUCCCCAUUGCCUGCGCCCGUGUAGACACUCUGCGUGCCCAUGGCUAUCCACGCCAGGCCCUACGGCUGGCAAGUGCCAUCAUUAACACGCUCCGACUGCAGAGGCACCACCAGAUGGAAAGCUACAAGCAGCGGAAAAAAGAUCUGUUGCCGAAAGGAGCCGGCAGCGUUGCCCACAUGGAAGGCUGGGUGGGCCACCCCCUGGACCCCAUUGGCUGCCUCUGCAGGGCGCUGUUGGAGGCCUGUCGCCUGGAGGAAGAGUCGCUCGCCCUGUACCCAGACUCGGGCUCCGAGAAGAGGAAGGUGUCCUACCAUCACGUGCCGGUGCCCGGGAGUCCCGGUGAGUCCUACCUGGCGCUGGCACUGGAGGUGGCCCUGCUGGGGCUGGGCCAGCAGCGGGCUCUGCCCGAGGGCCUGUACGCCCAGGAUAAGGUGGUGCGCCAUGAGGAGCAGCUGCUGGCCAUGCUGGAGGAGGUGGACCUGGACGACCGGCUGGUGCAGGUGCUGCGCAAGCAGGCGGGGCUGCUGCUGGAAGGCGGCCCCUUUAGCGGCUUCGGAGAGGUGCUCUUCCGGGAGAGCGUGCCCAUGCACACCUGUGCCCGCUACCUGUUCUCCACGCUGCUGCCCCACGACCCCGACCUGGCCUAUCGCCUGGCACUGCGAGCCAUGAGGCUGCCAGUACUGGAGACUGGGUUCCCAGCGGGAGAAAGUCAUCCCAGCCCGCUGGACUCCAUCAUGAGCACCCGCUUCCCCCGCUGGUUCAUUCUUGGGCACCUGGAGACCCGCCAGUGUGAUCUAGCCUCCACCAUGCUGACCGCUGCCAAGGGAGACCCCAAGUGGCUGCAUGCGGUGCUGGGCUCCAUCCAACAAAACAUCCACUCUCCGGCCUUGCUCUUCAAGCUGGCGCAGGACGCCUGCAAGACGGCCACCCCGGCCAGCGCACCGCCGGACACUACGCUGCUGGGCAUCGCGCUGGAGCUAGGGCUGCAGGUGAUGCGAAUGACCCUGAACACCAUGACAUGGCGCCGGAGGGAGAUGGUACGCUGGCUGGUCGGCUGUGCCACGGAGAUGGGCGCUCCCGCCCUCAUGAACGUCAUGAAGAACUGGUUCUCCCUGUUCACCCCAGUGGAGGCGGCCACCCUGGUGGCGGUGACGGCUACCACGCACACCACGCUGCUGCGGCUACAGCUGGACGCAGCCCGGCGCGAGGAGCUGUGCGCGUGCGCGCGAGCACUGGCACUGCAGUGCGCCAUGAAGGACCCGCAGAACUGUGCGCUGCCCGCGCUCACGCUGUGCGAGGGCCACCAGGCCGCCUUUGAGGCCACCUACCAGAUCGUGCUGGACGCGGCGGCCGGAGGCCUGGGCCACGCGCACCUCUUCACGCUGGCCAGGUACAUGGAGCACCGGGGCCUGCCCUUGCGCGCCUACAAGCUGGCCACCCUGGCGCUGGCGCAGCUCAGCAUCGCCUUCAACCAGGACAGCCACCCCGCCGUCAACGACGUGCUGUGGGCCUGCUCGCUCAGCCACUCGCUGGGCCGCCACGAGCUGUCAGCCAUCGUGCCCCUCAUCAUCCGCAGCGUCCACUGCGCCCCGAUGCUCUCCGACAUCCUGCACCGCUGGACCCUGCCCGCUCCAGGCCUUGCACCCCUCGGAGGCCCCCGCAGGGCGGCCAAGCCGCUGGGCGCCGAUCGCGCCCCACUGUGCCAGCUCCUGGACGCCGCCGUGGCCGCCUACAUUGCCACCAGCCACUCACGCCUGACCCACAUCAGCCCGCGGCACUACGCCGACUUCAUUGAAUUUCUGGACAAGGCCCGGCGGACCUUCCUGCUGGCGCCCGACGGCCACGUGCAGUUUGCCCAGUUCCUGGAAAGCCUCAAGCACACAUACAAGGGCAAGAAGAAGCUAAUGCUCUUGGUGCGGGAGCGGUUUGGAUGAGGGGCUCGUGGGUGGCCCCCCCCAAGCAAUCUCCUGGCACCUGGUUCAGUAUUAAGUCAGGGAAAGAGCCCAGCCCAAGGGGAGGCCCCCGCCUUGUGUGUGCCUAGCUGUGUGCUAUCCGUGUGCCAGACUCAGGAGCAAAAGCCAUACCAUGUGUGUCUGGGAUCCCCCAACCACAAGCAAUAGGCAACCUCCCGCCCCCAAGUUGCAGGCCUAGUUGGGGCCCCCCAGCAGGAGCUGGGAAGCGGGACUUGCCAGAAACUGGCCGUCCCAAGCCACUGUAGCAGACCACACCCACGCAGGGUAACCCCCGAACUUGAUGUUAGCUUAUCUUGAAUCCCUUUUACAUUCUUCCUCCCUGCUCCUCCACUGCUCAGGGGCCCCAUUAUUGCAGCCCUGCACCCCCAGCCAGGACCAGUGCCCCCCACUGAAGAAUCAAGAGAUGACCAUAGGCCUGGGUUACAUACCUCACCCCACCCCUAGGCCUCUGUCUAGCCAGGACCCCCCAUUUCCUAGGCACCAGGGUGUGGCGGUCACCACCCCACCUCAAGUCACUGGAUGCUGGACGCACAACUCAGGAAGUAGCCUCAGCCUGAGCUUCCCUCCCAGCCAGGUGUUGGGGAAACAACCAUAAGAGAGCCAGCGACCCUCCCCCCCAACUCCCCAUGUCCCCAUCUGGAAUUGGAGGGCAGCUUGGUGUGUUCUCACUCUGCCCAUCUCCCACCAGCUUCACCCCAAUGUCCCCCUCUCCCUGGAGAUGGGGAGAUGGAACCCUGCUCCUCACUGCUCUGGCUUCUCCUUUCCUGUACGUUAAGGAAAAAUUAGCGUCGUUUUGUAAGCAUUUUUUUUCUAUUUAUUGAACCAUA